AUGGACACGGAGAACCAGAAUGACGGCAGCGUAGAGGACGUGGAAAACUCGUCCGCGAAGGACUCGUCUUUCUUCACUCAGAAAGAUGCUAGCCAGGUCGUCGGCAGACUGAUCAGCACCAAUUAUGCGGUGAUGAUGGCCGGUUUGAACGACGCCGCCACCGGUGUGCUCAUUCCAUAUCUUCAACCCGCAUAUGAUAUUGGCUUGCUGAAAGUGUCCAUGGUCUAUUUGAUCAAUUUCGCCGGAUGGCUAGUGGCAUCUUUCGCCAACAUUCACGUCUGCUCGAGGCUGGGAAGCGGCGGGACACUGGUUGUCGGAGCCACGAUCCAGUGCUUCGGGUACGUGCUCAUGUUCUGGAAACCUCCAUAUCCUCUUUUCAUGACUGCCUUCUUCUUCACCGGGAUGGGUGUUGCUUUCCAAGACGCACAAGCGAAUAUUUUCACGGUCACGGUCAAGCACGCGCAUCGAUGGCUCGGCAUUCUCCAUGCUGUUUAUGGAGUGGGCACGAUCAUCGCGCCGCUGAUCGCAAAUACUAUCGCCUCUCGAACACCGUACUGGCACUAUUACUACCUCGCGACGUUUAUUCUGGGAGUACUUAACGUUGUCCUCCUGGCUUGGACGUUCCGGAGGGGUCUAUUCAAGCCAAACGUCUCCAAUGCCAAUGCCGAAAUGAAGGCCACACUAACCAAUAAAGUGGUCUGGAUCUUCAACGGCUUCUUCUUCCUAUAUGUCGGUGCUGAAGUAGCGUCGGGAGGCUGGCUGGUCCAAUUCCUCGUCUCCGUCAGACACGGAGACCCCAAGAAAGUAGGCUAUGUGGCCUCUGGGUUCUGGUCCGGAUUCACCCUCGGACGGGUCCUCCUCGCAGACAUCACGCACAAGCUCGGUGAGCGUCGGAUGGUGUUUUUCUAUAUCGCUCUCGCCAUAGCGCUGCAGGUCAUGUUCUGGCUGAUACCGAACAUCAUCGCCAAUGCAGUCACCGUUUGUCUUCUGGGCUUUUUCAUCGGCCCAUUCUACCCUGUCGGACUAUACGUCCUGACGAAAGUCAUCCCACAGGAACUUCACAUUGGCGCUUUAGGUAGGCUUCACAGCGAGCUUGGGACAAGCUGGAUCGGCUGCAUUCCCCUUCAUGACUGGCGCAAUCGCUUCAAAGACAGGGGUACAGGUUAUGCAGCCGAUUAUGGUUGGCUUGUUAGUCGGGAUUGGGAUAUUCUGGGCUCUGCUCCCCAGACAGCGCUCAACCAGGUCCGCCGGAUAGUUUAA